AUGCAUGCGAUCCCCGGAAGUCAGUGGCUGCUUUUGAUUGUUUCAGUUUCUGUGGUAGCCGAGUACUGCGACAAUGGAACUGGCGAGUGCAAGGAGUUGUCUCCUUCGGACUGUCCGGUAAUAUUCUACAAUCAGCACCUGAUUGGAUCUGAAGUCAAAUACUGCGACGAAUUCAACGAUAUUGUCUGCUGUCCCAUACCGCUGGAUCAUCAGAAUCUUAAACCUGUUGAACAGACUAGGCCUUUCGAGAAGCAGUGCAAGCAGUAUAACGAGGCCAGAUCAGCAUGUCGAUCAACGCCCUUUAUUGUGGGCGGCACAAAGGCGUCUGGUCGGGAGUUCCCCUUCAUGGCGCUGAUCGGGACUCGUCGAGUUAACAAGACCGACACCAGUUGGGACUGCGGUGGUUCUCUGGUGCAUCCCAGAUUCGUACUGACCGCGGCCCAUUGCCUGGAAACGGAUGAAACGAAAGCCGAACGAUUGGAUCCCAAUUUCGAUUCACCCAAGUUUGUGGUUCGUCUAGGGGACUUGGACUACAACAGCACCACCGACGAUGCGUUAGUGCAGGACUUUCGGGUGGUGAACUACGUGGUUCAUCCUGGUUACGACACGGAGGACGAGGAGCUGGGCUUCAAAAACGAUAUUGCUCUGCUCGAACUAGAUAGGGAUGCUGCGUUCAAUGAUCAUGUGGCAGCGGUUUGUUUGCCGCCCAGCAGCGGCAACGAUAACGAACAGGUGACUGCCGCCGGCUGGGGAUUCACCGAGGAUGGCGUGAAGUCCAGUCACCUGCUGAAGGUCACCUUGCAGCGAUUCUCCGACAAGGUGUGCCAGGAACGCCUGCGUUUUAGCAUCGAGACGCGCACCCAAUUCUGCGCAGGAUCGAUGACCAGUCAAGCGGACACUUGCAAUGGCGACUCCGGUGGACCCAUAUUCGUGCAGCAUCCGCAGUAUCCAUGUCUUAAGCAGGUCAUUGGUGUCGUCUCUUAUGGAUUGGUCUGCGGAUCCCAAGGUCUUCCCAGUGUCUACACCAAGGUUCACCUCUUCACGGACUGGAUCGAGAGCAUUGUUUGGGGUAGUUAAUAAUACAACAGGAAAAAAACACCAUCCCGCCAUAUCAAUAAAAUCAAUUCUAAGUCAUGCUCAAAUCUAGUUUAUGUUGAGCAAUUUUCUAUUACCUAGCAAACAGGAUAAUAUAAUAUUACAAUAAAAUAAUUGGCCUUUUAUGUUAAACUCAUGCAAUUAAAAUUAAAUUAAGGUUGUUCAUUCCCU